AAUCAGUGAAGAGAAAAGUGCAAAAAACACCCACAUAUAUAAACGACCAUGUUGCUAGGUAAACGCAUACGCCAUCCUAUCAAAAGGACGACAAGCAUGACGGGGAUCACGGUGGAUGUCGUCUCCAACGUGGACGAUGGUGUUAUUGUCCAAGAACCUAUCAUAUCGGAUGACCUUCAAAACCACCCUUUCCAUGAACUCCCUAACGCCAACUCCGGUUACGAUCUCCGUUUGUUGUCCAUGGUGUCUCCAAGAAACCCCGGCGGCGAUGGUAGAAGAUCGGGUUUUACUAGUAACCAUGAUCUCAACGGCACUGCUCCUUUUUUACGCUCCUGUUGCCUCUGUAAACGCCACUUAGCUCCUGGUCGUGACAUAUAUAUGUAUAGGGGGGAUACAGCGUUUUGUAGUCUAGAGUGCAGAGAACAGCAGAUGAAGCAAGACGAAAGAAAGGAAAAAUCCAACCUUUUACCUUCAAAGAAAGAAGAUCGCCAUGCAUACGCAUAUCCAUAGCUAAAACUGGCAGUGGCAUGCUUCCGACAUUCUAAAUCUGGAGAAGAAGAAGCAAAAAGAUUCCAAAGUAGCGCAUCCCAAAAUAAGAAACAGUGAAACUGGAUCGCCUUUCGUCAUCCACUAAUCUGUUCCACUCCAUUAUCGGAAACCCUCUCAUGUUUCACAGUAUUAUUAAAAGAUUGAUGACGACGAUGAUGAAAACAAUAUCAUGGGUGUGCUGUAAUAUAUUAUAUAAAAUGGAAUACAAAUAUUA